UGACUUCUCUCUCGUCCUGCAACCAUGUUUUGGCGGAAGAUUCUGUCACGAAUCGUGACGGAGCAGAGAUAGGACGGAUGCAAGUGCAGGAUGAACAGUUGUUUAUUACAAAGAGAGAGAGGCAGACAAAUCCAAAACGUGAUCCAAAACGUAAUUCACAAACAUGCAAGAGGUCAGGCGAUUGGCAAACAGGCAUACACGGGGCAAGGCAGGAAUCUAGGUCGAUAAACAAAACAAGAAACGAACUAUGACGAGGGGCUGGAAGCAGAUAAUCCAGCACGAACUAACUCUAAACAUGGACUAGGACUAGGACUAUGACUAGGACUAGGACUAUGACUAGGACUAGGACUAUGACUAUGACUAUCGUUAAACUAGCUCUAAACAUUUACUCUUCCGCGUUGUGUGCUGGGAGGCGCGCGGUAUAUAUGCGGAUAUGAUCAGCGUCUAAACCGCUAGCAGCUGAGAGCAAUUCAGACCCACGUGAAAUCCCAGCCAAUGACAGAACAGGGAGGAGACAUGACAGAAACAUAAACAAAACCCACGUGUCCAGAUGUCAUUACAGUCAACAACGGAAAAGCAGGUGCUCACGCAUUCGCGCUUAGAGCAUGCUGCUUCAAGGGGGAAUCGUGACAUUCAUGUGAGAGUAAAUGGCCUAGUCUGUAGUCAGAUGUUUACAUUAUACUUAAUAGAAAAGAAUAUACACCGUACUAAAUACUAAAAAUAUUUCUGCCCAUUUUUAUGUGGUAUAUGUGGGGGGGGUUAUAUAUAUAUAUAUGUGUGUGUGUGUGCGUGUGUGUAUAUACAUAUAUAUGUGUGUGUGUGUGUGUGUGUGUGUGUAAACAUAUGUGUAUAUUUUUUAUUAUUGUUAUUAUUAUUAUUAUUAUUAUUAUUAUUAUUAUUAAUUGUUUGCCUGUGCUCAAGUUCUCUGUUAAUUGUUGGUUUGUGCAAUGAUUUUGCUUUAUGUUUGUGAAUAGAACAUGUACCUUUGAAUCGCUAUAGCAAGGUUAUAUAAUGCACUUUGUAAAUCUCGAGCAUUGUCCUAUAAAUAUUUCCUGCAGCCCCCCCUUCAUUUUUCUCACACAAAAUCUUUCUUUUUUCCCCUGAUUCUUUUGGUACCCCUGUGAACUCUGUUACCUAAGACAGUCCCAUCAGAGGAGAGAGGGAUCAGUGACAUAGAGGUAUAUGAGUGUGUGUGUGUGUGUGUGUGUGUUGCUGGCUUUCACUACUGGUGGAUCAAGUGAAUAGGGCAUUGUAGGGGGUUCCUGACUAACAGGUCACAGAGGCACUUUUGCAGCGCCACAUUGUUUUGUAAGCAUUCAACGAGGCUUUAGGCCAUCUGGGCCAUUCACCCUCAUUGCACAGUCUGGCUGGAAGUUAUAAACACAGUCCGCUUGGUCUGUGUGUGUGUGUGUGUGUGUGUAUUAGAAGAAAGAGAAGAUUCUUCAGACGAGUGUGCUGUGUCCUGUCCUGGUGUAUCAUCAUGGAUCAGAAUCAGAAUGUAGGCUACAGCUCUGAAAAUGAAUCUCAGGGCAAUAAUUCUUUGCGAUGGCACUGUGGCCUUCCCUCUUCCUCAGGUAAGACUUCAACACGGAUGCCAUCUUGCCCUCUGUCUCACCUGGAGGGCCGCAGUCCAAAUAUUGGCUUGGACAAUGCCAAGAAGAGAAUCUCAAAACCUGCUCACAUGCGGAGGAACAUCAGGAAGUUGUUGAAAGAGCACCACUUGGAUGUGGUAACUAAAGUUUCCCAACUUGAAGAGACAAAGAGACGCAAGCGCCUGGAUCAGAGGAACAAUUUUACUGUAGCUCCAGAGCUUGUGUACACACACACACUAGGGGAUCUGUGUGCAAGUCUGACAUAUGGCUCCAAGGAAAGUGCAGUAUGUGUGCAAACAAGCAACAGCAGUAACGCAUACAGCACUGAAGUGUCAGUGCUUCGAACAACUGCCCCUAUAAGAGAGGCUGUGUGUGUUUCUGUAGACCAAAGUUCAGUUGAGAAAACCACCUCAUGCUUCAUCAGCAAAUCUGCCAAUGAGGAUUCUGAGAGCAGCGGUGUGCCUCUUAACAAUGCUGUCAACCAACCAGAUGCUCAGGAGCGAGUCCUCAUCAAUGUCGGUCACCCAGAGGAUGACAGUGACAUCUACCUCUCCCCUCAACUUGCAUGUUUCGUCAAACCUCAUCAGAUUGGAGGAAUUCGGUUUCUGUACAAUAACUUGGUUGAGUCACAGAAGCAUUUUAAAAGCACCCCUGGUUUUGGCUGUAUCCUGGCUCACAGCAUGGGCCUGGGUAAAACUCUACAGGUCAUCUCUUUCAUCGACAUCCUGCUGCGCCACACCGGAGCUCACACCGUGCUCGCCAUCGUCCCUGUGAACACACUACAUAACUGGUUGGCGGAAUUUAAUCUCUGGGUCCCGCCUGCUGAAGCCCUGCCACCUGACAAUGACCCUGGCCACAUUACGCCACGUAACUUUAAGGUUCACAUCCUUAAUGACGAGCACAAGACCACAAGCAGCCGUGCUAAGGUAGUCGAAGACUGGUACAGAGAUGGUGGUGUGCUGCUAAUGGGCUAUGAGAUGUACCGCCUACUCUCACUCAAGAAAAGCUUUGUCACUGGGCGAAAAAAAAAGAACACAAAGCCAUGUGAGCAGGGUAUAAUUGAUGUAGAUAAGGAGGACCACCAGCAGAAGCUAAUGAAAGGCAUCGAGAGGGCUCUUUCUCAGCCUGGUCCAGAUGUGGUGGUCUGUGAUGAGGGCCACCGCAUUAAGAACUGGCAUGCCAGCACCUCACAGGCUCUGAAGGGCAUUGGGACACGGCGGCGGCUAGUGCUGACUGGUUACCCACUGCAAAACAACUUGUAUGAGUACUGGUGCAUGGUGGACUUUGUGCGUCCCGGCUUCCUGGGCACACGGCCUGAGUUCAGCAACAUGUUUGUGCGGCCCAUCCUGAAUGGCCAGUGUGUGGACAGCACACCUGAAGAUGUACAGCUCAUGCGCUACCGCAGCCAUGUGCUACACAAUCUGUUGGAAGGCUUUGUACAAAGAUGUGGACAUGAUGUGCUAUGCUCCCAGCUGCCACAGAAGCAGGAGCAUGUAAUUUUGGUGCGUCUGACGGCACUGCAGCGCGCACUCUAUGUUGAAUUCAUGAAUCGCUUUAGAGAGGCUGGAAAUACUGGCUGGCUUAGCCUUAACCCACUUAAAGCCUUCUGUGUCUGCUGCAAAAUCUGGAACCACCCUGACAUACUGUUUGAGGCACUUGAAAGGGAAAAUAUGGCCAGUGAGCAGGAUCUGGACCUGGAUGACAUCACUGCUAGCAGUACUCAUUGCUCAGCCAAUCAGAGCUCGAAACCCUGUGAAUCAAGCAGCAAUCAAGGAGAACUGACUCUAAGUCGGCUGCAGGAGAAAUCCAGUCAGGUUAUUACAUAUGAAUGGGCAAAAGACAUCAUGGCAGGCUAUAAGAAAGGCAUCUUAGAAAAUUCAGCUAAGAUGGUCCUGUUUUUUCACAUUAUUGAGGAAAGCGUCAUGAGUGGAGACAAGGUCUUGGUUUUCAGUCAGAGUCUGUCCACGCUUACAGUCAUUGAAGAAUUUCUGGUCAAGAGAACGAUGCCUGACUAUAGCGGAAGUGGUGUGAAGCAGACCUGGGUCCGCAAUGUCAACUACUAUAGGCUGGAUGGAAGCACCUCAGUUUCAGAGCGAGAAAGGCUUAUAAACCAGUUUAAUGAUGUGACAAAUAAUUCUGCUCGGCUUUUUCUGCUGUCCACCAGGGCUGGCUGUCUUGGUGUGAACUUGAUUGGUGCCAAUCGUGUGGUGGUGUUCGAUGCCUCUUGGAAUCCAUGCCAUGAUGCUCAAGCUGUGUGCCGUGUUUAUCGCUAUGGGCAGCGCAAGCCAUGCCACAUCUACAGACUUGUGUCUGACUUUACCUUGGAAAAGAAAAUCUAUGACCGGCAGAUCUCCAAACAGGGAAUGUCUGAUCGUGUGAUAGAUGACUUGAAUCCUGUUCUGACAUUCACACGCCGGGAGGUGGAGUCUCUCUUGAACCUUGUGGAAGAGGAGCCUGAUCCAUUAGACUCUGCCUAUCUACUCCACCCUCAGGAAAACAUGGAGACAGUCCUCAGGAAAGCCUGUAUGAGAUACCCUCACCUUAUAACCAAGCAACCCUUUAACCAUGAGUCCUUACUGAUGGACCGACAAGACCUCAAACUUACAAAGGAGGAGAAGCAAGCAGCUAAGAAGAGCUAUGAGAAUGAGAAGAGAGCAUCAGUGCCCUACACACGUCCAUCAUAUGCACACUACUACCCAGCUAGUGACCAAAGCCUUACCAACAUCCCUGCCUUCAGCCAGAGAAACUGGAGGCCUCCCUCACAGCUGGAGGAUAAACCAGCUGCCAGUAUUCACCUGGCACAGACAACCCUAACACCAACAGUGCACAAAAAGGAAGGCCAGAAGGAAAGUCAGGUUUCUGCCCCCUCUGUGAAAUUAGGCCCCAAAUCUGCUCUCAAUUUUCCAGUCACCUACCUACAGAAAGCAGGAGUCUUUGUACAGAAGACUGUCACUACUACAGAUAUUGUGAUUCCUGGUGCAAACAAUUUGUCAGAGACAAAGACCAAGAUAAGUGCAGGCGAAAGCAUCCACAUCAUCAGAGGAACUAAAGGAACCUACAUUCGGACAUCGGAUGGAAGAAUCUUUGCCAUCCGUGCUGUGAGAAAAUCCAGACAAAGUGAAGAGAGUACAGACACAAAGAAAGACAUGCCACCCUCACUGGAGAACUCCAUAAGUAAGAGCACGAGUGGUAGUCUGUCCCCUGAUAACAUGCCAAAAGUCUUAACUCCCAAAGCCAUGACUCGACCUCUCUCCCCAGAUACACCAGAAAUUCUGAGUGAGCUUCAGCGUUACACCAAAGUGCCACCUCUGCCUCCCUCAGGAGUGGCCAAUCCAGAGACAGCCUCAGAAAAGGGAGUUAUGAUUCUGCCUCAAACCAAUAUUGCCUCACCAGACAAUGAUGUGCCACUGGACCUAAGGGGCACAAAGCGCAAAUCCACAUCACCACCUGCCAAUGAAUAUUCGUCCAAGCAGCAAACUCCAGAACAAAGAGGUUCUGUUCCACCUUCUGGACAGAAUUAUCCAUUCACAGGUACUUACGGCUUAAAUUCUCCCAUCAACCCUGGUGUAAACCACGCCCUUCUGAGCUCACUCAACUCUAUGUGGUCACCCUACUUCCAACCUCAUGUUCCUAUGGUUGAGCACCAACUCAUGUUCCAGAUCUCUCCAGAUACCUACAACCUUAGAAAUACAGCUUUGCCCAGCUCCUCCCCAACAUCCUCCAGCAUCACCUCUAGUACUACAGCAACUUCAUCCUCCUCUAUUUCAGUUUCUUCAUCAUGCUUGAUGAGCCAUGAAGUACCUGGGACGUUUGUGCCGACAUUUCUGUCACAAUAUGGGCAACCAUUGGGUAUGUACCCAUCCAUGCUAAUGACUCAAGGGAUUCCAGGACAGGCAGGAUCUAGCAUCCUGCCCCAGUACGUGUCCUCUGGCCCACAAGGUGGUGCUAAUGAGUCUUGUCUCGUCACAGACAAUAGAGCACCGAGAGCUGAGGAUAACAGUCAUAUUUGCGACAAUCAUGAUGAUGUAAUUGCAAUGAUGGACCAGUAAGAGAAGACCCAUGUUGCAGAAUGUGGAAAUUUUUGUUUGAUUAUGAGAACCAACAAUUUGAUUUUACAAGAUGGACUACAAAUGUGGACAAAUUGUGGAAAAAAUCCUUAUCCUUAAACAGAAAUUUGAAAAAAGUAUUCAAAUAAGUCUUUGGGGAUAAUGAACUAUGGACUUUCGUCCAGCUACUGUACAUGUUGAGAUUAAACAAAACCUGUUUGGGAAUCCGAGAGGUUUCAUCUGAAGAAGUUUAGAUGUUAUUUAUCAAAUGAUGGUAUAAUUUGAUAAUUAACCUGACCUAAGUAAGUUAGUAAGUGACACUCAAAUAAAUGUUCAAAUAAACAGUCAUGUAAAAAAAAAAAAUACACCUCAUUGGCUUUUUUGACAUAUUUGGACAAGCAAACAUUUGAUCAUCUUUGAAACCGUGCCUAUUAAUAAAGUUUAUAUACAUGGAAAUUAGCUUUUUCAAUCUUUUCUUCAAAUGCAAUAGGUGUGAUAUUCUUCUGUGGAAAAAGUAAGUAUACCCUUGACCUCAGAAGCUAGUAUUUCCCACUUUAGCAGAAAUAACUUCUUGUAGGCAUUUUGCAUAAUUGUCCACCAGUCUCUGACAUCAGCUUGAUGGAAUUUUUGACCACUCCUCCAUGCAGUAUUCUUUCAGUUGCAAGAUGUUUGAGGGUUUUCUUGCAUGUACUGCCCAUUUCAAAUCCCCCUACAACAUUUCAAUGGGAUUCAAAUCCAGGCUUUGACUAGACCAUUCCAUAACCCUCCCAUUUCUUCUUUUUGAGUCAUUCCUUGGUGGAUUUGCUAGUGUGCUUAGGAUCAUUAUUCAAUUGAAAGUUCCACUUUUGGUUCAACUUCAACUUUCGGACAGAUGGCCUCACAUUAACUUCAAGCACUUUUUGAUAUGAUGCUGAAUUCAUAGGUUAAUCAAUCAGUGAAUGCAAGCUGUCCAGUCCCUGAGGCAGUGAAGCAUCCCCAAAUCAUAACAUUUCCACCACUGUGCUUCAAAGUUUGUAUGAGGCUCUUAUUCUUAAAAGCUGUCUUUGGUCAGUGCCAAACAUGUCUGCUGUUACUGUGCACAAACAACUCUAUCUUUGCUUCGUCUGUCCCGACACAUUAUUCCAAAAGGCCUGGUCUUUGCCUAUAUGCUCAUUGGCAAACUGUAGUCUUGCUUUAAUGUUCUUUUUAGACAGCAAAGGCUUUUUCCUGGCACGCUUGCCAAGCAGGUCAAAUUUGUGCAAUCUCUUUCUGAUAGUAGAAGCAUGCACUUUGACACCAACAGUUGCAAGACUUACUAGCAGAUCCUGUGAUGAAAUUUUUGGGUUCUUGGAGAGUUUUUUUUUGCAUCAGACAGUCUGCUUUUGGGCUGAAUUUGCUGGGACGGCCAGUCCUGGACAAAUUGGCAGUCGUUUGAAAUCUGCACUAUUUGUAGAUUAUUUUCCUUACAGUGGAAUGAUGUAUUUCAAAUAAUUUGUAGAUCUUUUUAAAUUCCUUUCCAGACUCAUAGGCAUCCACAACCUUUUUUCUGAAGGCCUUACAGAACUCUUUAGAUCUUGACAUGAUGACACCACACCUCAAUAGCAAAGGGAACACCAGACACUAUAUAUGAGACAGUAUAAAUAAGACAGAUUCCACCUGCACUCCCUAAGCAGGUUCUAAUCACUGACACCCAAUCUUGAACACCUGAUUCUAAUUUUAUGGAUUUGAAGGUGUGAUAAAUGUAGGGGUGUCGUUACUUUUUCCAUGUGACUGAACUGGUUCAGUGUUUUUUUGUUAAUUUGAAAUGUGAAAAUGACUACAAAAUGUACAUUUUAGUUGUCAUUUCAUAGUGUAUCAACGUUAUUAAUAGGCACUGUUUCAAAAAGGAUCAAAUGUUUGCUUGUCCAAAUAUUAAAGAAAGGGAAAAAGCCAACCAUACCGGUGUACUUAUUUUUUCACAUGACUGUAAGUGAUUUGUUUGACAUAUUACCUAUAUUUUCAUCAAAAUAUAAUUUCUCCAUAUAUAUAUAUAUAUAUAUAUACUUAUAUAUAUAUAUAUAUAUAUAUAUACUUUUUCCACCAUUGGCCUUGAGGAAUCUUGCACAGGCCUUGUUGCAUCUUGCACAGGCUUUAGAGAUGGACAUUAGACCGAAGGCCACAUUCAUUGACUACAUGACAUACUAACACACUCUCUUUGUAAAACAUGUCCAGUGAUGUCAACUGAUUUUGUGAACAUUUUAAACAUUUUUAAGACUGGUCACAAGCAGGUGAGCUCUUGCUGCAUAUGGGGAGGAGCUAUUUCCUAAAUGGGUUGUAUUAAAAUCGCAUGACACUGAGCUCACAUGAAUGAACAUGUGUAUGCUUAAACUCUGAUGCCUUGUUCUGCUGGCUCACUGAAUGUAGUGGUGGGGGCAAAUGGUUCAGGAGCAUGUGUUCUCCAAAUUUCAGCCUGUAGUCCUGCUUAAGUUUAAACAUGAAACCAUUGCCUAGGCUACACACAUGUGGGACAUGAGUUUGUUCAUUUUUUAAAAUACAUUUUGCACUGCCUGUCUGCUCAACCAUUUGUUGUCUUUUUUCUGUAAUGAUGCACUAAUGUGCAAAAAUUAUCAAAGAAAAUCAAUUGUUUUGUUUAAAGUACCAAAAUUUGGUUUCCCUCUGCCAAAAUAUUUUCAGUUAAUCAGAUCCGCCAGAUUUCAUCACAUCUUUUAUUACCUGGGGAAAUGGAAAAGAUAUGAUUGGUAACUGUUGUUUCCAUUUCCAAAAAUAUGAAGAGAUUUGAUCUAGUCAAAUUUACUGGCAUAACAUUUUACACCAAAUAAGAAUACUACAAAAGUGGUACAGUAUGAUGUGUAAUGCUAACACCAUCUUACCUCAUUUUAAUAUUUGUAUGUGGCAUUUCCUGUUGUGUUUACAAACAUCAUGGUCCUGCUCACUUGUUUCCCACACUGUUUCCCUUUUGGCCAUUUUGGCAUAAACAUUCACAGUUUUAAUCUAAUUAGACAGUGGUUCAGGAAAUUGUAUCUUAUUAUGUGGUCAUUCUUUUCAUUUGUGCUAAUUGUUACACUUUACAUGUUCUAUACCUUUCUAUUCCUUGUUCAAAAAUAUAUCAAAUUAAUUUAUUAUAUUGAUACAUAUUUAUUCAUUGUAUUUUUAUUUUAUAAGUUUUUGUAUGAGGGGUUUGUGUUCUCACAGUCAAAUGAUUGAAGAAGUGCGUGUGUGUGUCUGUCUGUAAGUGAAAACAUAUUUGCAACUUGACUGAAGCAUGUGAAGCUUACUGGCCAUUGAUCCAAGGUUUGUUAUGAUCAGCUUAGCUUAAAUUAAGUUUUUCGAAUGGCCCAGUAUUCCACUUUCUUUGCUUAUUACUCCUGACUUGAGGUAUUUUAAUUCUAGAAUAAGUUUAGUGUAGGGGAAGAUAUUUGUUUAAUAAGGAAAAACACCUUCUGGUUUGAUGUAUAACCUAAUGAAAGCACUCCACUGACAUAAAACUGAAACUGGUUGUUCAAAUUUCUCUAUGUAGUUUUCUUUUUAGGAUUGUAAAUAAAAAAAUAUAUAUAAUGCUUUAAGAA